AUGGUCUUUCGAUCAGGCCCACUUGCACCGGGCGUGGCAUUUAUAACUGGUGGCGCCAGAGGCCUGGGUAAUGCCAUUGCCGUGUCAUUUGCCAAAGAAGGUGCUCGUGGCGUUGUCAUUGUCGACAUUAACGAUGAAGCAACAUUCGAACAGGGAAAGCAGAACGUAGAGCAGUAUGGUACCAAGUGCCUUAUCAUCCGGGCAGAUGUAACCAAGGAAGACGAGGUCGCGAGAGCGGUCGACGACGCUGUCAAAGAAUUCGGGCGUAUCGACUAUGCAGCUAACUUCGCCGGUAUAAUCGGUCCGCUGGGGAAUACAUGGGACACCUCCUUAGACGAGUGGAAACGGGUCAUAGAAGUCAACACUGUCGGUGUAUGGUUGUGCAACAAGUACGAGCUCAGACAAAUGAUGAAGCAGGACUCGCACCGUCCACUACAACGAGGGUCAAUUGUGAAUUGCGCAUCGGUCAACUCAAUUCAAGCCGGAGCUGGAACCUCGGGGUACACAGCCUCGAAACAUGCUGUAAUGGGCAUCACAAAGGCUACUGCCCUUGAAGCUCGCAGCUACGGCAUACGAGUGAAUGCCGUUAGUCCAGGGUUCCUUCUGACCAAGCUCCUCGAUCCGUUCAUGAAGAUGGGUGACGAACAGGCCGCAAGUGAAGCGUGGACGAAAUACGAGGUAAGGCAAGGUCGAAAAGCGACUUUCGAUGAAAUUGGAGAUGUGGUUGUCUUGCUUAGCGUCCCACGCAUGAGUCUCGUCGUCGGUCACAAUCUGGUAAACGACGGGUAUGUCUUGUGCGUGCCUAUCAGCUACGCAACGUACUAA